AUGUCUCAUAAUUAUCAUUUCGAUGUCACAAUGUCAUGUUCCGGAUGUUCAGGAGCAAUAGAAAGAGUCUUGAAUAAGUUGGAUAAUAAUUCAAAGGUUGAUAUUUCAUUGGAUAAACAAACUGUUGAUAUUUCUACUGACAAAGAUUAUGAUACUGUCUACAAUACAAUUCAGAAAACUGGUAAAAAGAUUAAUGAUGGUAGAAUUAUAAGUUAA